CUCAAAAUCGUCACGCAUCCCCGCAGCUUGUCACUCUCCUACCUUUUGGGCCCCCCCUUCCCUCCCCGCUGCGGCCAUCUCCCCUUGGACAUUCCGGAAUCUCAUUGAUUUUAACGCCGCCCGCUCGGAUAUAACUCAAGUAGUCAAGAUGGCGGCCGAAUCGCAACAAAUUGACUAUACCCUCAACAACCCCGACACCCUCACCAAGUACAAGACUGCCGGCCAGAUCUCCGAGAAGGUCCUGGCCGAGGUGUCUAAGCUUUGUGUCGCUGGCAGCAAGGUCGUCGACAUCUGCGAGCAGGGUGACAAGCUCAUCGAGGAGGAGAUUUCCAAGGUCUUCCGAGGCAAGAAGAUCACCAAGGGCUUCUCGCACCCAACCACUGUCUCUCCUGCUGCCUUUGUCACUCCUUACACCCCGCUCAAGUCGGAUGAGAAGGAGGCCGCUGUCGAGCUUCAGCCUGGCGAGCCCGUCAAGAUCCAGCUGGGCGCCCAGAUCGACGGGUUUGGCACCAUUGUGUGCGACACUGUUCUGGCGAGGAAGGCCGAUGAGGAACAGGCUGUGAUCGAGGGUCGGACAGCCGACCUGCUCCUGGCGACCUACUAUGCCAACGAGGUCCUGCUGCGGCUGAUGAUUCCUCCCGGGCUUCUGGCUCAGGGCACCGACGAGGAGAAGGCCAAGGCGGCCGCUGCCAAGCCCCCGACCCAGGCCAAGAUCACCAGCCUCCUGGAGAAGGUCACGCAGGCGUACGAUUGCAAUCUUGUCGAGAGCACUACCUCGUGGCUCUUUGACCGGAACGAGAUCGAGAGCAACAAGAAGAUCGUCAUCGCACCCGGCGAAAACACCAAGGGCGAGGGCGUCCCCGCCGUCGGCGAGGUCUGGGGCGUGGAGAUGGGCGUCAGUCUCGGGUCGGGCAAGGUCAAGCAGUUCGAGCAGCGGACGACCCUCCACCGUCGUACCACCAACACGUAUUCCCUCAAGCGACCUACCUCGCGCAAGAUCCUCUCCGAGGUGCAGAAGAAGUUCGGUACCUUCCCGUUCAGCCUGCGGCAGCUUGACGACGAGCGCGACGCCAAGUCUGGUGUCAUCGAGUGCGUUCGUGGGAAUGUCUUCCGCCAGUAUGAGGUUACGGGUGACAAGGACAACGCCCCCGUGGCCAGGCUGCUGACCACUAUCGCCAUCACCAAGAACGGCAUCACCAAGUUGGGUGGCCCGCCGGCUUUGGACCUGAGCAAGGUCAAGUCGGACAAGAAGAUUGAGGACGAGGAGAUCCUCAAGAUUCUGGAGCAGCCGCUAGCCCGGAACACGGGUAAGAACAAGAACAAGAAGAAGAAGAAGAAGAAGCCGGCCAAGAAGGAGGCCAAGGAGGAAGAGAGCGAGGAGGAAGAGAGCGAUGACGAGUAAGGGCUGCAAGGGCGGAUCGAACGGGAGCGGCGCUUCUUCGUACGAUCCUUGAUGUCGA